AUGAAGCCACGGGACCCAACAGAUGCACCAGACGCUUGGCUGAAACUGGCGGAUACAGCCUGGGCCUAUGAAAAGGACCGUGUAGAACGAUGGCGGAAUGAGAUUAAUACACUGCUCGUCUUUGCCGGCUUGUUUUCCGCCGUCCUUACUGCUUUUUUGGUUCAGUACUAUGCCGUUCUGCUGCCAGCCCCCGACUUAAACACGAUGAUCCUUGACCGCAUACUAUCCUUGCAACUCGGUAACAUGGCUACCAACGCCGUCGUAGCGACCGCUAACUCGUCGAACCCGGCGCAUAUGCUGAUGGUUCUUGCGAACUCCUCAUCUACAAACUUCACCUCACCACCCGCUUCGCCGCCCCGCUGGAUCGCCACGCUGUGGUUCGUUGCCCUGGUCUUCAGUCUCAGUUCGGCUUCCGUCGGUUUAGCCGUGAAUCAGUGGCUGAACUUCCAUGCGAUGGAGAAAGCUGGGUUGCAAGAUGCAUCCCAGAAGGCUUGGACAUGGCAGCUCCGUAGGCGUGCACUGGACAAGUGGAAAGUGGAGGACAUGGUCAGCAUCCUUCCAUUCCUUUUGCAGGUGGCCCUCGUCCUCUUUCUCGUUGGGAUUGUGGGCUACCUCUGGGAGCUUGGCUUCGACAUCGCCGUUCCGAGUACGGUCUUUGUCGGCAUAUUGCUUCUCUUCCUAGCUUUCACAUCUGUGUCACCCACAUUGGAUGAAUACAGUGCCUACAAGUCACCCCAAGCGUGG